AUGAGUGAUGAGGAGAUUACUUACACAAAUGUGAGAUUUCAUAAAUCUUCAGGGUUGCAGAAUGGAGGAAGGUCAGAUGAGACUCAAGGGCCCAGAGAAGCUGGCCAUAGAAAGUGUUCAGUUCCUUGGCACCUCAUUGCAAUACCUCUGGGAAUCAUUUGUUCCACUCUGCUGGUGAUAGUUGCAGUGUUGAUGAAACAUGUUUUUCAGUAUAGUCAAGAAAAACAUGAAUUGCAGAAAACUCUAAAUAAUCUCCAUAAAGAGUACAGCACCAUGCAAAAUGAGAGCUACUUAAGGGAAGAAAUGUUGAGAAAUAAGUCUAAAGAGUAUGAGGCCCUCAAAGACCAUCUGGACUCCCUCAACAGAAAAGAGAACAGAUACCAUGGGGAAACUAAUCUUGUUCCAGAUUGCAUACAGAGCACAGACACAAAUGUUGAAGGACACUGGUUCUGCUAUGGUGUAAAAUGUUACUUCAUCAUGGACAAUAAACACUGGAGUGGAUGUAAUCAGACCUGCCAGGCUGCAGCUUUGUCCCUUUUGAAGAUAGAUGAUUACAAUGAACUGGUACUGUAG